AGGAGCGAGUGCGUACGGUGUUUGUGAAAAACAGGCGCAUGCGCCCCCGCUAAAAGCCACGGGCGUUCGGUAGGCAGACCGCAGCGGCAGAGUGCAGAUUUUACAUGCCAGAUAGCGCGCGGACAGGUUGAGAAACAGGGGAGAACGAACGAGACCACAGUGGGGGGAGCCAGGAGGUCGACAUCAGACGGACGAACGGAAGACAACCUGAGUAAAAUGUAAGACCUCCGAAGGAUUGUCGAUAUCACGUUUACAACCAGACCGGAGGAGAGCGGGGAUCUUCUCGAGACGUUCUGCUCCCCUUGUCCGAAUCUGUCGCCGCAUUUCCUUGAAGGAGCCUGAAAGGAGAGAGAACACACCCGCAGAGGGGAAUGCAAUGACAGUCCGAUGAUCUCAAUAGGAUACAGCCUUCAAUAGCCUAUACAGACGCAAUGGGAAAGCACAGCUAAAAACGACCGAGCCUGUGCGUCUGUGUGUGUAUUUGUGCCUAUGCGUGAGUGUGUGUGAAUGUGUCUAUGCAUACGUGCACCAAUCUGGAGUGAUGAGAAGGCAAACCAAAGAGGGGAUCCGCGUCGCUGGUGUCAUCUGCCAGGGUUAUUCUCCUGAGUUCAGGGUUUACCGUGUCCACCCUCGGCCUCCCCACGCCUGUGGCGGGAUAUGAUGGAGAGUCCCAAUGGCUCCGGCAACGACACCAGACCGCACAGUCACCACCAGCUGGAGAAGAAACGGUUAAAUCGCGCCCCGUCUCCGGCGAGACCUUUCCUAAAGGAUACACACUCCCGUUCUCCGAAGGCGACCGCCAUCGUACCAAAAUCCCCCAAACUCAACAAGCAGCAAGCGCCCACGGGGCAGUUAGCCACGCAGAGUCGUCUUUCACGGCGAACCUUAACCGGGGCGAAGGACAAGUGCGCACCGGCAAAAAGUCACCCCAAGUCCUCGGUGACCAAAAAGGCCGUUAAAGUCACGCAACAUGUAGCGGCAGCAGAGUCGAAAACCGCCAGCAAAGUGGUCGACAGCAGUCCACACCUCGCCAAAAGCAAAAAGGGCAGAGUAGCCCCACUUUCUCAUGGACCCCUUGGCCAUGGGUCCCCCAUCCGUGUUCCCACCGGUGCUACUAUCGGUCGGGUCGGUCAGACAGACAGCAGCUCCGACCUGUCCGACUGCCCAUCCGAGCCGCUCUCCGACGAACAGAGACUUGCACAGGCGCCCAGCAGCGACGCCGAAUCAGGGACCGGUUCCGGGUCCAGCGAACGGGAUCAUGUGGUGGCGGGAGAUAAUCCGCAGCAGACCGCGUCAGCCUCAGAAGCGAGCGGGGCGCCAGUCGCUCGGCUGCGCACAGUGGAGGCUCCCGGAGCGAGAGGCAUGUCUCAGGCUUCGGCCAGUGCAGGUGCACACGCCGAGAAAAGCAAGCAGGACAAAUCUGCUGCUGCGAGCGCACAAUUUAAACUGGAUCGCAGCAAUGAAUUAAUAGAGGAGGAUUUAUUAAGGGAAAUAGAGGAGCUACGAUCUGAAAACGACUACCUCAAGGAUGAAGUGGACGAGCUGCGUGCGGAGAUGGAGGAGGUGCGGGACAGCUACCUGGAGGAGGAGAUGUACCAGCUGCAGGAGCUGCGGCGCGAGCUCGACCGCUCCAACAAGAACUGCCGCAUCCUCCAGUACCGGCUGCGCAAGGCCGAGCAGCGGAGCCUCCGUGCUGCUCAGAGUGGACAUGUGGAUGGAGAGCUGUUACGCAGUCUGGAGCAGGACCUCAAGGUGGCCAAAGACGUGUCAGUGCGUCUGCACAACGAAUUGGAGAGCGUGGAGGACAAGCGCACGCGGGCGGAGGAUGAGAACGAGAUGCUAAGGCAGAAGAUCAUCGAGGUGGAGAUCUCCAAACAGGCCCUGCACAACGAGCUGGAACGAAGAGAGAAUGCACUCAGGAGGAGGGGGAGCCACAAAGACAAGAAAUCUGCAACACAGGAGGACAGUGCAGACCUGCGUUGCCAGCUGCAGUUUGCUAAGGAGGAGUCGGCGCUGAUGCGUAAGAAGAUGGCCCGGCUGGGCCGCGAGCGAGACGAGCUGGAGCAGGACCUGCAGAAGUACAAGAGCGUCUACGGCGACAUGGACAGCCCCGUGGCCCCCAGCGAGGCCCCGAGCGGCGGCGGGGGGCCCCACAGCACGCGCGAGGCCGAGCUGAGGCUACGGCUGCGUCUGGUGGAGGAGGAGGCCAACAUCCUGGGCCGCAAGCUGGUGGAGCUGGAGGUGGAGAGUCGCGGCCUGCGCGCCGAGAACGAAGACCUUCGGGCGCAGUGCGAGCGCGACUGGACCGAGCGUGGGCCGGCGCUGGGCGGGGGAGGGGGGGGUGGGGGCGGAAGCGGGCCGGCGUCGCCGUACGAGUCAGUCGGGGAGCUCCGGCGCCACCUGCAGUUCGUUGAGGAGGAGGCGGAACUGCUGCGGCGCUCCAUCGCCGAGAUGGAGGACCACAACCGGCAGCUGACCACCGAGCUCAGUCGCUUCAAGUUUGGGCCCGGAGACGGCGAUGGGGGGGAAGGCGCGGGUCAGGUGGGGGAGGGGGCGGCGGACAUCACGAUGGGCAGCGUGGCGGCACUUCAGGAGGAGCUGAAGGCGGCGCGGCUGCAGAUCAAUGAGCUCUCGGGGAAGGUUCUCAAGCUGCAGUACGAGAACCGCGUGCUUGUGUCCAACGCGCAACGCUACGACCUCGCCUCACACCUGAGUCCGGCCACCGUUGAGGUGCACGCCCCCCAUGCUGCCGUAACCAUGGCGACGGCACUGCGGGAGGAGGAAGAGGAGGACGAGGAGGACGAGGAGGAAGAGGUUGGCCAGGCCCUCCUGCUGCAGCCCAAGCGUGAAGGCCCUGUGGGUGGCGAGAGCGACUCGGAGGAGGUGGUGGAACGCUCGGUCACCUCAGGACUGGGCAGCAGCAGUGGUGGCGGAGGCGGAGGAGCAGGGGGGUUGGGCCUCAAGCCGUGGGAGGCUGACCUGAUUGGCCAGCGGCGUCGGGCGGAGGAGGGGCUCCGGCGGGAGGCGGAGCGUCUGGGUCGCAGCGUGGACCGCCUCAUCGCCGACACGGACAGCCUAAUCCACGAGGGCGUGGCAGUGGUGGUCACAGCAGCGUCGGAGAGUUCCGAAGAGUGCGAGUCGACGACGAUCGUGCCGGCGGGCGAGGUCAAGCAGGACGAGGCGGUGCUGGAGACGGUCAGCACGCGCAUGAAGGCCUUCAGGGCCGAGCUACUGGGCUUUAUGGAAAGAGUGGAGCGCCUCGGUGACGGUCAGCGGGAGCCUGACCUGUCACCCCUGCCGCACCUGACCGAGUCCAGCAGCUUCCUUUCCACCGGGACCUCUCUGUCCCGAGACUCACCCAUCGGCACCCUGGGGAGGGACCUGCUCGCUGACCUCCAGUCCGGGCAGGGUGAGGAGCGCCCCCUCCACUGGUGCCUGGGCCUGGUAGGGGGGUGCUGGAGAGAGGCGGCCGCCCCAGGCUCCGCCAGGCGCAGGGGAACCCCGGGACACGCUAGAGGCGGCAGGCCGCAGGGGGUGAGAGGAGCGGAGAUCCGAGACCCGUCUGCCCCUGAGGUCACAUCUCCAGCUUGGGAAUUCCAGUUCCGUUUGAGACCCGGUCAGGAGGACCGUGAGAACCUGACAGGACCAGUCACUCAGCAGGAGGCGCGGCGUGGCCUGGAGCUGCAGGGUCUGCAGACGCACGAGGCGCCGUGGCCGCAGGAGAGGGCGCUGUUGCAGCAGGAGGUGCGGCUCUUCCGCCACCACACCGUUGUCCUCUACAUGAAGCUGCGCUGGAUCCUUACCCACUGGAGGCUCGGCCGCAGGGCUGAGGCCGGAGAGGAGGGCGCCCACGAAGAGUAUGAACGCCUGGAGAACAUUCCGGAGCUGGGUGUUGCCGUGGAGACGGGUGAUGGAGAGGGGGACGUCAGGCCCUGUGCCAAAAUCACUGGAGGAGUUGGAGAAGUCUCGGACCCUGGACCACUGCUGCCCUCACCGGACCCCUACCAGCACCAGAAACAGCAGGUUGGUGAGAACCGGCGUGUGCUGCAUGCAUUGCGCUCACUGCUGGAGGAGUUUGGCUGUGAGCUGCGCGAGGAGGAACAGCGGAGACUGCAGCUGCAGCAGACAUACGCCAGUGAGAGGGCAUCAUGGGAAAUACAGCGCGCAGAGAUGAGACGCCGCCUCGCGCAGCUGGAGGAGGUGGCGGGCUCCACGGGAGGAGGUGAAGGAGUGUCGGACCCCCUGAAGCAGGAGCGUGAGGAGCACCGGCGCCUCCUAGCUGAGAGCCAUGGCGCUGCACUGGAGCUGCGCUGGAGACUUCACCACGGAGAGAGACGCUGGGGCAGAGAGAGACAGGAGCUCCUGGAGCACUUCCACAGAGAGAGACAGACCUGGAUGCAGCGAGAGCUGGCCCUGCCGGAGGGUAAGGAGGGGGGACUCCAGCGGGUCUGUCCCCCCCAGGAGAACCCCUGCAAGACCCCGCGCUCCCCUCGCUCGCCCCGCUCCCACUCCGACUCGGAGGCCGUGCUGGAGGACAGGGGGCUGGCGGGCCGGCUCCGGCCCAGCGAGGCGCUCCAUCCUGGGGAGAGCCUCUUCCUGGACGCCCUCUCCCUCGACCCACCCAGCCUGGCCCAGGUACCGCCACCAUCCAGGUUGGCGAGCGAGAAGAGGUUCCCCUGCCUGAAGGAGGCCCUUAAUGAGAUCUCUGAGAGGGCAGAGCCAUCUGCCUACUCAGAGGAAGAACCGAUCAGUGGAAGCCUUCUCAGGGCCAAGUCUGUCUGCUCCAUGAGCGACUUCCAGCGCCUGAUGGACAGUUCCCCCUUCCUUCCUGACAAGUCAAGUUGCCAGAGCGACCACGGUGGCGGUGUGCGUGACCGCGGCGAAGUGACUCCUCCCCUGUCCCCGGAUGACCUCAAGUACAUCGAGGAGUUCAACAGCAAAGGCUGGGAGCUGGCCACGGCCCUGAGUGCCUCCUGCCCCAUCCCAGGACCCCUCACCCUCCUUGGGCAGCAGCAGCCUCCCCCAGCCUCGGCUCUGGAGGCCUGGACCGAGCGGACAGACCCCCGGCGACUCGGUCCCGCCGACCCCACUGCCGACCCGUUCCAGCCGGGCUCGUGGUUCCUGACCACCAGCGCCACACUGACCACCAGCACCCUCAGCAGCCCGGAGCACUGCCAGCGGAGCACUGCCGUAGCGCCCCCUGGGCCGUCACUGUCGCCGUCCGCCCAAACGGCGCCGGAGCACUUUGGGGUGCGUGUGCUGCACAGCCCCACGCGGGCAGCCAAAGACGGGGGCGUCUGGGCGGGUGGAGGAGGUGGAGGAGGAGGAGGAGCUGGAGGUUACGCAGCAGCAGCAGCGGCGGCCGCAGCGCUGGAGCUCAACUUGAGUGACGACAUGAAGGAGGUGGCCUUCUCCGUGCGCAGCGCCAUCCGCACUCCCCCGCACGCAGCCCUCCCCGACCCCCGGCCUCUCCCGCCGCCACCGCCACCCGCCUUGCGCGACUCGGCGUGCCAGACCAACGGCAUGAUGUCGCGGGGCACGCAGACGUGCCAUGCGGUGAGCGUGGGGCUCCAGACGGACAGCGCCCUGCGGGCUCUCACCAGCAGCCCCCACCGCUGCCUGACGCCCAAGGGCGGCGGCUCCACGCCCGUCUCCUCGCCCUCGCGCUCGCUACGCCGGCCCCAGUACGUGCCCCCCGGACAGGCCAAGUUUGAGCGGCCCUGCUGCUCCCCCAAAUACGGCUCCCCGAAGCUCCAGCGCAAGCCCUCGGGCACGGCCAAGACGGAGCCCGCGGCGGUUGGGGGUGGUGGGGUGGUAUCAGGGGUCAGUGGAGGGGGAGGGGGAGGGAAUUCAGGCGCCGUCGGAGGAGGAGCAGGAGGGGCGGGAGGGUCUAGUCGGACCCCGACGCCAACGUCCACGCCUCAGAAGGGGAACAACGAGUCGGCGUGGGCGCGGUCGACGACGACUCGUGAUAGCCCCGUCCACACCACCAUUAACGACGGCCUGUCCAGCCUCUUCAACAUCAUUGACCACACGCCACUCGCUCUGGAGCCUGCCGGGGCCAAGUUCACACGCUCCCCCAGCAGGGCGAGGCCCCAGCAGGCCGGCGAGAGUUCUGCGGCGCCCCCUGCUGGACCGGACCCAAAGUGCGCGUCAGGGGGUGCAGUGCAGGAGCUGCUGAGGGGGUCGGGUGUACCGCGAGGCCGCUCUCCGAGCCCCGUCCAGCAGCUGGUUAUCAUGGAGGUGCAGGGCAGCGAGGUGGCCAGCAUCCGUCAGGACCUGUCGGCACCGCCGGGACACACGCUGGCCGAGAACACGGCGCGGCUGCUGAACAGGAAGCUCCAGGAGCAGAAUGCUCGCGAGGAGAGGAGGCUGCAGGUGGUCACCGGCCCAGCGCCGGGAGCUCACGGCAGGGACCCCAGGUCCACAGACGCUGGGGAAAGGGCUGGAUGUAUGGAGGACCUGCCUCGUUCUCCAGUGGCUCCUCCCCUGGAGGCGUGUUUUCAGCGCCCUGCCCGUCCUGCCAACCGCCGGCCCCCAUCCCGCUGGGCCGCGCGCUCCCCUAACUCUUCCCCGACGUGGCGCAGCACAGUCGCGCAAAGGUUCCGCUUCCCCACCCAAACCAUCCCCGAACUGGAGGAACCUAGUCUAGAGCCAAGGCCGGCGUGAGGGCGGGAGAGAGAAAGAGAGAGAGAGAGAGAGAGAGAGAGAGAGAGAGAGAAGAGGAAAGUGAUAAAGAAAGGAGAGCACCAGUGAGAGACAGCGUGGACUUUGCCAUCAAGCCUCCGUCUGCCUCUGCACUCUUCUCUUCCUCUCUUUAAUCUCUCUUCUCUCUUGCCUGCCAUCUCUCUGCCCUUUAACUCUCCUUAUUCCAGCCUGUCCUCAAGAUCAUACCUUCCACAAACCUGACACACACACACACACACACACACACACACACUCUCAUACAAACACACACACAC